AACUGACGUCGUUGUUAGUGUCGCUAGCAUAAUAGUAGUGAUGCAGGAGCUGAACAAAUAUAAAUGAUAAAAGGCUACAGAUGAAAGGGGAAAGUAUCUUCAAUCUUGAACCAAGGGGAAAUGGUUGUUGCUUGCUAGCGUUCACAAGCACCGCGUUAGCUACAAAAUAGCCUAAACGUUUCCUUGAAAAUGUCUAAAAUGCAGCUGUUGCAGGAUUAUCUAAACGAGCGGUUAACAGCGGUGGCUGUUGAGAUAUUUGGGGCUGUGGAAAAUACCAUAGCAGAGUACCAGGAAGAAAUCUCCCGUUCGAAGGAGGAGAUUGAACGUUUACGGAAGCUGCUGGAUUUGGUUUUCCAACCCGACAUAAAGCUACAGAAAGCAGACCCCCCGCAGCUCACGCUCCUUGUCCCUGAAGAGGAGGUUCUUGCUGAGAAGCAGCACUGUGAGCAGGAGUGGGGCCCCAGUCUGGACCAGGAGGACCCAGAGCCCACUCAGAUUAAAGAGGAACAGGAGGAUUUUGGGACCAGUCAGGAGGAAGAGCAGCUUCAGGGGCUGGAGUCUGAUAUCAAAGAGGUCAUAUUCUCUCCUCUAUUUUCUCCCCAGCCCUCACAUCAUCCCCAAACCCAAACUGUGGAGCACAGAGAGAGGGACGCUCUACCCACCAAAACAACUGAAGAGAUCAAAACGGAACCGGAUGGAGAGGGCUAUGGAAGAUCUGAAGCAAACAAUGAAUUACAGCCCCUCUCUCCAGUAAAUUCCGACUGUUCUGCAGCUCAUAUCGGGAACAGUGAAAGGGACAGUAUAGGGCUAAUGUCAGGGUUACAGCCACUCAAAUCAAAGACAACAUGGACAAAUAAAGUACAAAGCUCUAUUAAGACCAGGGAAGCCAGUGAGUUGAAAGUUCCAUUGAGGGCGGCUCACUCAGGGGAGAGACCACACAGGUGUCCCGUCUGCAGGAAAUGCUUUCUGAAAAUUAGCAUUUUAAAAACUCAUCAGAGAAUUCACACUGGGGAGAAACCAUAUUGCUGCAAUGUAUGUGGCAAAUGCUUCAGCCGGAUGGGACACCUGACUGAGCAUAUGAGAACUCACACGGGGGAGAAACCAUAUCAGUGCAAAGAAUGUAGCAAAUGCUUCAGCCGGAUGAGAAACCUGACCGUUCAUAUGAGGACUCACACAGAUGAGAGACCAUAUAAGUGCCCCAUGUGUGUAGAAUGCUUCAGAUCAGCAAGUCAUCUAAAAUGGCACCAGCGAAGACAUCACACAGGAGAGAAACCACGUUGCUGACUUUGUGGUAAAUGCUUCACUUGUAAGAACUGAGGAGGAGAAUGAACCCAGAGGGAUAAACAUGACAGUGCUGCUGGGGCAAAAUGGUACUCUCCCUUGUAGGAGGACCUUUCCAUUGUAAAACACUGAUGUUUCAUAACCCUUCUGGGCAUGGCACAAAUGUAUAUACUGUAAUAAGUUUUUCAGAACCUAGUAGUUAUUUGGCAAUUCUAGCAUUAUUUGCACGCAAAAUCACAAUUUAUAUGUCUCACAGAAUGGACAAACAAAAUGUAAAUUCAACUUUUGAUGUGUGUGUCUCUAGUACCCCUUGGGGGGAGUGUUUACCCCCUAAAAGUCAACUUGUAAAUAUUGACAUGUUGGGCAAAUAAGAAGUGUUCUGGAUGUUACACACCCUCUGUUCUGGAUGUUACACACCCUCUGUUCUGGAUGUUACAGGAAAUUGAACAUAUUAGCAAAAGUCUGAGUGAGGUCAAAACAUGGAUUGCCAUUUCGAUCACAAAAAAGUAUAAUUUUCAAAAGAAUGUAACAACGUAUGGAUGUUACAGAAUCUGAAAGUUUUAUUGAUCAAAAUCAAAAAAAUAUAUAUUUUUUGAAAGUUUUUCAAAUGUCUGCAGAAGGCAUAGUAUCUCAGGAUUACAUAAAUGCAGUUAGCCUAAAUACCACACCCUAAUAGGUUAUGUUUUGUCUUUAAAUACACUAUAUAUACAAAAGUAUGUGGACACCCUUUUAAAUUAGUGGAUUGGGCUAUGUCAACCACACCUGUUGCUGGUGUAAAAAAAGAGAUGUUAUUGCAGGUGUAGUGAAAUGCUUGUGUUCGUAGCUCCAACAGUGCAGUGAUAUCUAACAAUUCAUACAAAUCUAAAAAUGAAACAAAUGGAAUUAAGAAAUAUUAGGACGAGCAAUGUCGGAGUCCGGAGUAUACAUAUACACUGAAUCUACAAAACAUUAAGAACACUUGCUCUUUCCAUGACUGACUAAUCUGGUGAAUCCAGGUGAAAGCUAUGAUCCAUUAA